AUGGCCCAGCUCUGCUCACCCAUGUGCAAAGCCCUUCCUUAUCCUAUCCCAGUCCCUCCCAGAGGCCUGGGUGCUGGGGAGGGGUCGCAUAGUCCAGUGGGUCCAUGCAUGUCCGCCUGGGACCCUAGCGCGGCCCAGCUCCGAGACAGCGUCCUAGGGCUGGGGGCAUGGGGGCUGACAGCUGGCUGGCCCAGCCAGCCUCGCUGCUGCUGGCCCCCCGCAGACACUCCUCCCGGGAGGCUGGAGUCAGGGGCCACACUCCUGCCUGCGGUGGCAGUCACGGGACGACUCGGCCCCCAGGAGGCCCUGCUACUGGCACUCCUGGGCCUGGGGCUGCUCCUGGGAGCCCGCAGCGUGCCCCCGGCCCUGCCUGGCCUGGCCUUCCGCCCCCAUCCAGAAAUACACUGGCCCUGCUGCUUCCCCAGAUCGCCUUUUCCUCCGUCCUGGGUUGAGCAGGCAGGAGGGAACCCCUUUAUCUCCAGCCUGAACUGCAGGGGCCCUUUGGCCCCCCAGCAUGGGCGGCGGAUACCUGGGUCUGCAUCUGAGACAGCAAGAGAAGGCGGGGUCAAGGGACAGGGAGCCAGGGCAGGAUGUGGCGGCCACCUCUGA